GCAUAAAAGGUGAAAGGAAGGGAGACGAAAAUUGCCGAGUGCGGUCGAAACAUGUUCUGUAGGGUCGAUCGGACUAUCCGAGCAUAAGCGCAGUUUUGUCAGUCGGCGAACACCGUACUGUUAGUAUUGUCCUCCUUUUUCUUUUUUCUUAUCCUAAAUUCAAAGUGUCAAGACCACAUGCACAUAUUCAUUGAGUUGUUGAGUGUACAUUAACAAGAUUAUAAAUAGUUAUCAGAAAAAAGAAAUAUGCUAACACGUCUCUUUGAAAUUCACGGCCGGUUUUGCGCUGGACAUCCCCUAGAAGUCAUUGUGACGACCUUCACACUCACAGCAUGCAUUCUGAACAUGGAGACAGGAAACGGACAUCCAACUGUUCCUUUGACUGCGCAUUGUGGACCCGGUAGAUGUAAUUCCGAUGAUUUAAAUGCAGCUGAUGUUAUAGUCAUGACUAUAAUACGAUGUUUAGCUAUAUUGUUUACUUAUCACCAAUUUCGCAAUUUGCAAAAAUUGGGUUCAAAAUAUAUUUUAGGUAUUGCUGGCCUAUUUACUGUAUUUUCCAGUGUUGUGUUCACAUCUAGCGUAGUGAAUUUUGGACGCAGUGAUAUUUCCGAUUUAAAGGAUGCACUGUUCUUUUUCUUGCUUAUUAUCGAUCUUUCGAAGGCCGCUGUUUUAGCACAGUUGGCUUUAAGUUCCAGAAACAAAGAGGAAGUGCGAGCAAAUAUUGCUCGUGGCAUGUCGCUUUUAGGACCAACUAUUACAUUAGAUACUUUAGUGGAAACUUUACUUAUUAGCAUAGGAUCCUUAUCCGGAGUUAGAAGAUUAGAAAUUUUAUGCAGUUUCGCUUGCUUGGGAGUUGUUGUAAAUUAUAUUGUUUUCAUGACAUUUUAUCCUGCAUGUUUAUCACUUAUUCUUGAGCUUUCUCGCGAAACUAAUACAAUGAAACCAUUAAGUGCUGAUAAAAUUUUUAUGAUGCAUCCAUUAGAUGAAGAGGAUCAGAAGCCAAAUCCAGUAGUAGAACGAGUUAAAUUAAUCAUGAUUGCUGGUCUAUUUGUAGUACAUGCCAACAGUCGUUUUAAAAGUGAAGAAAGCGAAGAUACAGUAGAAGGCAAAGUAUCUCCCACGAAUUCACAUGUCAUAGUGAAUUCUUAUAAUAAAACUGAGGAUUCAUCUGAAGUCAAAGGUUAUUUAAUGAAUUGGCUAUCUGUUAGUGCAGAUAAUAUUGUGAUAUUGAUCCUUCUUCUUGCACUUGCAAUUAAAUUUAUUUUCUUCGAAGAUAAAGAAGAUAUUGCUAAACAAUUACAAUUCAAAAUAGAAGAUGAUACAGAAGAAAAAAUUGAAAGUGAAUACAUGAAAGAAAAAAAAUUUGAAAUUGAAUAUGUAAAAGAGAAUGAAAAUGAAGAUAUGAGUUUUUCUUUUCUUACCACCAAAAUGCCAUUCAAACUAUCUUUUGCUAAAAUGCAAACAAUUUCUAUACCUUGGAUUGAUGGCAAGGAAGAACAAAUAGAUAAAAAACAAUGUACUGUAGAUACAUCAAGUGAUAAAAAUUUAUUUUCACGAAUUCCUAGAUCUAUAGAAGAAUGUCUUAAAAUAUACAAAUCUGAGCUUGGCGCAAAUGGAUUAACGGAUGAAGAAGUAAUUCAGUUGGUAAAGAAUAAUCAUAUAGCUGCUUAUCAAUUAGAAAAAGCAGUCGGUGAUAUGGAACGGGGUGUAGAAAUCAGGCGUUUUAUAAUAGGAGAGGCUGGAAAUUUUCUUGAUUAUCUUUCCAAUUUGCCAUAUAAAGAUUAUGAUUAUAGUAAAGUAUUAGGAGCUUGUUGUGAGAAUGUCAUGGGAUAUGUACCAGUACCACUUGGAAUUGCUGGUCCCUUAUUACUUGAUGGUGAAUUAUAUUAUGUACCAAUGGCAACAACAGAAGGAUGUUUAGUAGCAUCUACAAAUCGUGGUAGUAGAGCAUUGUUAAAAUGUGGUGUAACAAGCCGUGUAGUUGCUGAUGGAAUGACUAGAGGACCAGUUGUGAGAUUUCCAAAUAUUGUUAGAGCAAGUGAAGCUAUGGCAUGGAUGCAAGAUCCUGACAAUUUUAAAGAAAUGAAAAAUAGUUUUAAUUUAACCAGUAGAUUUGCACGUUUGACAAAGAUUAACAUACGUAUUGCUGGCAGGCAUUUAUUUAUUCGUUUUGUAGCAACUACUGGUGAUGCUAUGGGAAUGAAUAUGUUAUCUAAAGGAACUGAAAAAUCAUUAAAUACAGUGAAAGAACAUUUUCCUGAUAUGGAAAUAUUAUCGUUAAGCGGUAAUUUUUGCACCGAUAAAAAGCCAGCAGCAGUAAAUUGGGUUUGUGGUAGAGGUAAAAGUGUGGUUUGCGAAGCAGUAGUACCUGCAGAUAUUGUUACAAAUGUGUUAAAAACAUCUGUUCAUGCUUUAGUUGAUGUGAAUAUAAGUAAAAAUAUGAUUGGAUCUGCUAUAGCUGGCAGUAUAGGUGGCUUUAAUGCACAUGCUGCAAAUAUUGUAACUGCAAUCUUUAUAGCUACGGGUCAAGAUCCUGCACAGAAUGUUGGAAGUAGUAAUUGCAUGACUUUGAUGGAACCAUGGGGAAUAGAUGGUUCAGAUUUAUAUGUGUCUUGUACAAUGCCUAGCAUAGAAAUAGGUACUGUUGGAGGUGGAACUAUUCUUCCUGCACAAGGCGCGUGUUUAUCUAUAUUAGGUGUUAAAGGUGCACAUAAUGAUGAACCCGGUGAAAAUGCAAGCAGAUUAGCUAGAAUAGUAUGUGCGACGGUACUUGCCGGUGAAUUGUCAUUAAUGGCUGCACUUACGGCUGGUCAUUUAGUCAAAAGUCAUCUUCGGCACAAUAGGUAUAAAGAUUAAAUA